CCAGUGAUAAGAUUUAAUGGUAUUGUCUACAACAAAUAAUACAGCAGCGUAUUGGUACUACAAACCAUUACCAUAAACUCUUGAUAAACCUCAGCAUUUUUGUUUUUUGCAAACAGAAUGGAAACAAGAAGUAUAGUAAUUAUUUGCUUGCUAGCCGCGGCAGUAACAGCCUUAGCUAUUGGUUUAGGAGUUGGCUUAGGAACCAAGGAUGAUACGCCAGACCCUGACGCAGUCUACAUUAAUGAAAUCAAGGAUCAAGAACGAUUUGAUUGCUACCCAAAAAAUGGGGUAGAGGAGGAUGUCGAUAGGAACAAAUGUGCAGAAAGGGGCUGUGUUUGGAAAAGCACGAGCACGGAUAAAAUGGCGCCAUGGUGCUUUUACCCAUUAACAUGGGGCUAUAAUGUUGUUCGAGACGACAUUGUGAAGACAAAUGUCGGGUGGCAAGCUAAGUUACAAAGGCUAAAUGACCAACCGUCAAGGUACAAUAAAGACAUCAAUACCAUUCAAGUUGACGUUGAAAUGCAAACUGAUUCAAGGUUAAGGGUUAAGAUAUUCGACCCAUCUAGGCAACGUUUUGAAGUACCUAUUGAUUUACCAGUGCCUACAACGAAAGCUAAGAAUCCAAUGUAUGAUGUCACGUACCAAACAAGGCCAUUCAAAUUCCAAGUUAUCCGAAAGAGUACCGGAACUAAAAUUUUUGACACAUCCUAUGGUGGCUUUACUUUCGAAGAUCAGUUCCUUCAGAUAUCGACAUUACUGCCUUCAAAGAACCUCUACGGCUUUGGAGAACACAACCACAGACAAUUCAGACACAAUUUAGACUGGAAAACUUGGGCAAUUUUUACUCGGGAUGUCGCUCCAAUUGAUGAAUGGAACGUUUACGGCGCGCACCCAUAUCAUAUGGUUGUAGAGGACGAUGGAAACGCACACGGAAUUUUGCUUUUGAAUAGCAACGCAAUGGACGUCGUCCUGCAGCCCAUGCCAGCACUUACUUACCGCACUAUUGGUGGUAUUUUUGAUUUCUAUUAUUUCUUCGGUCCGUCACCAGAAAAUGUUGUUAUGCAAUUAUCUGAGUUAAUCGGCAUGCCUCUUAUGCCACCGUACUGGGCGUUAGGAUUUCAACUAAGUCGUUGGCACUACGGUACCUUAGAGCGUGUUAAGGAAGUUGUGAACGAAGUUUAUGAAGCUGAUAUACCACACGAUGUUCAAUAUGGUGACAUUGAUAUAAUGUUGGAUAAGAAAGACUUCACAUACGACGAAAAUACUUACAAAGGCCUACCAGAAUUCAUAGCCGAAUUACACGCUAGGGGACAGCGAUACAUUCCCAUAUUGGAUCAUGGUAUCAAAAUUGAGAAAGGUUAUGCAACUUAUGAUAGGGGCCUGAGUAUGAGUAUAUACGUCAACUAUUCAGAUGGAUUUAGACCUCUUGUUGGAGAGGUAUGGCCUGGCAAAUCUGUGUAUCCUGACUUUACCAACCCAAAGGCAAUAGAGUGGUGGACGAAGGAAUUGGAUCUGUUUCGCGAUAUUAUAGAUUAUGACGGGAUUUGGAUAGACAUGAACGAACCUUCCAAUUUUGUGAAAGGAUCUGUCGAAGGAUGUGAAGUAAACUCAUUGAAUAAUCCACCAUAUUUGCCGAAUAUUCUUGGUUAUUGGGAAGGGGAUCUUAUCGAUAAAACAAUUUGUAUGGAUGCAAAACAAUUCGGAGGGAAACACUAUGAUCUGCACAGCCUCUAUGGACAUACAAUGAGCCUAGUUACUUUCAAGGCGCUACGGGAGCUUGAGCCAGAAAAAAGACCACUAGUUGUUACCAGGAGUCAUUUUACCGGAACUUCGCCAUAUGCCCAGCAUUGGUUGGGAGACAAUCAAAGCUUUUGGGAACAAAUUGGUUGGAGUAUUGUCGGGGCUGAUAUUUGUGGAUUCUGGUCAAAUGCCACUGAAGAACUUUGUACAAGAUGGCACCAAGUUGGAGCGUUUUAUCCUUAUUCUAGAAAUCACAACUGUAAAGACAUGAUCCCCCAGCACCCAACUGCGUUCGGUCCCAAAAUGACUAAAAUUGUGAAGGAAAUUUUGACUGAAAGAUAUCGUCUGCUGCCGUAUUUGUAUAGUCUGCUUUAUGAAGCUCAUGUAUUUGGUUCAACUGUCGUUCGGCCUAUGAUGCAUGAAUUUAUUUCAGAUAAAGCUACACUGGAUAUCGACAAACAGUUCAUGUGGGGAGGCGGGCUUCUGAUAACACCCGUUCUUACAAAGGGGAGUGUUGAGGUGGAAGGAUAUUUUCCUGAUGCAAGAUGGUACGAUUAUUAUACAGGCAAUGAAUUAGAGGUCGUGGGAGGCAUGAUGCGUACCCUUGAUGCACCAAUAGACGUCAUACCAGUUCACGUUAGAGGUGGCUAUAUCCUUCCAAUCCAAGAACCGGCAAACACAACAUUUUACAGAGUGGGCGAUGAAUUAGAGGUCGUGGGAGGCAUGAUGCAUACCCUUGAUGCACCAAUAGACUUCAUACCAGUUCACGUUAGAGGUGGCUAUAUCCUUCCAAUCCAAGAACCGGCAAACACAACAUUUUACAGCCGUGUGAAAAAUAUGGGUAUUAUUGUUGCAAUGGAUUCAGACAACGCUGCAAAUGGAAAUUUAUUUUGGGACGAUGGAGAGUCAAUGGAUACUUAUGCGAGUGGUGAUUAUCUGCAGCUGUCCUUUAAAUGCAAUAACAAUGAAAUUAAAAUCACUGUAGAAAACAGUGGUUUUGAUACUGACUUGAUAUUGGCUGACAUCCGUGUGUACGGAAUGCCUGGAAAUCCAUCGACCGUUGAGGUUGACGAUGCCACCAUAGAUUCCAGUCGGUACAAAUAUUCCAAGGGCAAUAAGGAGCAAGACAACCUGAAAACACUUCCUUUUUCGAAGAGAACCGAGAUCAUUCUCUUACAAAUGGCGGAAUAUAGAUAUAUCGAUCGCUAUCCAUCCAAGCGCAGACUCAAUAAUAGGCGUUACAAAGAAGAAUACGAAGAAUGGGAUAGGUUAUGGAAACCACGCUUCGAAGUUCCCCCAGAAGCCUUUAACAUGCCCAAAGUGCUGAGAAUGGCCAGCGAACGUGAUUACAUCAUCAACUAUACAAUGGACCCCUUCCACUUUAAAGUGAUUCGUAAGAAGACUGGUACUACACUUUUUGACACAUCGUACGGUGGCCUUAUCAGUGAGGACCACUACCUCGAGAUCACCACCAAGCUUCCUUCAGCUAAUGUAUACGGCUUUAGUCAGAUGCGGCAAACACGAUACAGACACGAGCUUGAAUUGUGGAAGACGUGGCCUAUGUUCCCCCUGGAUUCGCCACCACAAGAGAACUGGAAUUCAUACGGCCAGCACCCGUUUUAUAUGGUUGUGGAGGAUGAUGGUAACGCGUUUGGUGUAUUCCUACUGAAUUCUAACGCGCAAGAUGUAUCUCUACAGCCACUCCCAUCUCUAACAUGGCGUAGCACAGGUGGUGUGUUUGAUUUCUGGAUGUUCUUAGGCCCGAAACCAGAAGACGUUGUCAAAGCCUUUACAGAGGCGAUUGGACGUCCAGAGAUCCCACCGUAUUGGGCAUUGGGUUAUCAACUGAGUCACGAUAAGUGGGGAGGUUUGGCCGAGAUUGAAUCUGUUGCGAAAAGAAAUAGGGAUGCAGGAAUCCCUGUAGAAGCUUUCUACAGUGGUCUCGAUUAUAUGUACAACUAUCGUUCGUUUACUUAUGACACGCGAGCUGAGGCGUACGGUGAUUUGCCGAAAUUUAUCAAAGAUCUACACAUGCGCGGCCAGAAAUACAUAAUUACUUUGCUGCCAUCAAUUCCGAAUACUUUGGAUAGGAAAGAGUACCCGGCAUAUCCAGAGGGAAUCUGGCAAGGCGUGUUUGUGAAUAAUACACUGGGAGCAAGUGAGUAUUGGAAAUGGGAACAGGAUCGGGAAUUUAAGCCAACCGUCGGAAAGGUAAAUGAAUGUAUUCAUUUAAAUUUGUCCUCAAACCGUCUUUCACACCGCAUGUCUAUGUCAGGUGUCAAAAUAAUGCCUAUCACAGAACGCUUGUGUAGGCAUUGUAUGUUAUGCUAUACUGAUUACAAUGAACCGUCAAAUAUGGUGAACGGAACAACGAAAGGUUGUGAAAACCCUUACCUCAAUUACCCACCAUAUGCGCCAAAUCUGAGGUAUGGAUCGAAGCUGUUUGCUAAGACACUUUGUAUGGAUUCUAAGCAAACUUGGGGUGAUCACUACGAUGUACAUAGCUUAUAUGGACACUCUAGUGCUCAGGCAACUCACUAUGCUGGAUCUAUUAUAUUUGCAAACAAACGUCCAAUGGUUGUAUCCCGAUCCACAUUCUCUGGUACUGGUAUGUACUCCGGUGGUUGGCUCGGACACAAUAAAGCCGAAUGGAGCGAACUUUUUUACUCUAUUCACGAGAUGCUGAGGUUAAACAUCAACGGAAUACCAUUCGUGGGGGCUGAUAUUUGUGGUUAUUAUAACGCAUCUGAUGAAGAGCUUUGUACGCGAUGGCAUCAACUCGGCUCAUUCUAUCCACUAAUGAGAAACCACAAUUCUCCUGGCACAGCUGAUAAAGAUCCCGCUUCGUACGGAGAACCACUUGUUACAAACAUCAGAAGUGCAAUGGAAACCCGUUACACUCUACUUCCAUAUCUUUACACAUUAUUCUACCAUGCGCAGUAUGACGGCAACACUGUAGCAAGGCCAGUUUUCCACGAGUUCCCCUUAGAAGAAGAUGCAUGGGAAGUAGAUUGGCAGUUUAUGUGGGGGCCUGCCCUACUUAUUACACCUGUACUUGAAGAGGGUAAAACAACUGUCAACGCGUACAUUCCAGACGACCGUUGGUACGAUUAUUAUACGAAAGAUAGUCUUCCAAAGACUUAUGAAGGACGAAAUGCUACUCUUGACGCACCAAUUGACAAGAUAAAUCUACAUAUUAGAGGAGGCUACGUCAUCCCCACCCAAGAGCCAGGAAACACUACUCAUCAUUCACGACAAAACAAUAUGGGAUUGAUUGUGGCUUUGCCAGAAUACGGUAACGAUCUUGCCGUCGGUGAUUUAUUUUGGGAUGACGGUGAUUCUAAAGAACAUUAUGAAAGACGGGAAGACGACGAAAGUGAUUACGACGAUAUGUAUCUCUACUUCGAAGCUGAUGAGAACCAACUUCGAAUUCGUUCGGACCGCCGGGGCUUGAUUGCCAGGUACCCAGAUAUGGUGCUACCGGUAUUUACAACCGUAACGUUUCUUGGGGUAUCCAGUGAACCUUCGAGAGUCGUUGUUGACAAUAAAGAUUGGCCAGCGUCCGACUACAAAUUCGAAAGACACCAAUCGUCUAACGUAAGUAGAAAUUAUAUAUAG